AUUUUAGGUUUACAUUUCUUGUAAAAACACUAGCCUAUAUUAACCACCAUCCAAGCAUUAUACUCUCUCUAGUCUCUUCCCCUCUCUCUAAACCUUCAAAAACUCCAUUGAUGAAGCUAGAGAGAGAAAUCGAAACAGAGCUUCAGUUCGAAAUUCAACAAGCACACACAGUCUCAGUCUGUGUGUUCUUGUUUGAAUCCCACCGUUUGUGUGUGUUUCUGUUUGGGUUUUGAUCUUCGUUAUGUGAAAAACAGUGCGGGAUUUUUGGAGUUGUGAAUGUGAUUCAUUUGAAGAACAGAGAAGAUGAAGAAACCAACGAAACCCAUAUCAAGCCCUGGAAGAACAGAGAAGUUUCCUCCGCCAUUGAUGAGGUUCUUAAGAAGCAACGUGGGAAGCAAGAGCAGUAACAGAGGAAGAAGAUCACGUGCGAGCCCCAUGUUCAGAUGGAAGAAAAACACAGUUAUCGAGACCACACAAGAACCAUCUUCCCCUAAAGUCACGUGCAUCGGCCAAGUCCGUGUCAGACGCUCCAAGAAAAACAAGAAAACCACCAUCGCCACCACCACCACCACCUCCUCCCACCGCCGCCACCACCCAAGUAACCGCCUUUGCCGUUGCCUAAGAAAACUCAGACCAAAAUCGUGUAGAAGCCUUUGGAGCAAAUGGGUCUCGUGUUUCCGAUGUGGGUAUUGCAAAACAUCCAGGGAUUUACAUGAUUCACCGGUGAUUGAUGCUUCUCCGACAUCUGCUCCCCGAAACGUCUCCGGCGACAAUGGCGAUGACGACGAAGAAGAAAAAGAAGUUGAAGAUUUGACUCUAGAAGCUGAUAAUCAGGGCUUGAUUUCACGAUCACCACCCCGAAAUGCAUUUCUGUUGACAAGAUGCAGAUCUGCUCCCUACAGAUCUUCUUCAUUAGCAGGUAAAUUAUGGGAAUCAACAGGCGGAGAAACAGGGGAGGAAGAAGUUAAAGAAAAAAUUAAAAAUUUGAGUAUUGAAGAAGGAGAAGAAGGAGAAGAAGAAGUUAUUGGGAAUGAAAAUGGAGAAAUGAAUGAAGAAAGUACAUGUAAUAAAAGCAAUGAGGUUGAAGAAUUGAAAGCAAUCAAAGCUGCGCCAUUGAUUCUGAGCAGGUGUAAAUCAGAACCAGCAAGAACAUGGGAUCGGAUUCUUGUAUGAGUUUGACUUGUGUAAACUUUUAAUUGUGAUUAAUCGGUCAAUCUUUUGUUUUCAUUUUUAUUUUUAGUUUGUCUUAUUUCUAAAUAUAUAUAUUUUUUAAUCUUUUUUUCC